AUGUGCCUAACAGGUGAUCUGGGCGGAUACUACACCGGAGCCAUUGAACAGGGCAGGGACCAGUUUGGCCAAAAGGGUGAUUUUGUUACUUCACCAGAGAUCUCCCAGAUAUUCGGGGAGCUCAUUGGCAUUUGGUUCGUGGCAGAGUGGAUGUCUCAGGGCCGCCCAAAGUCGGGUGUUGAGCUCAUCGAGGUCGGCCCUGGAAGGGGCACUCUGAUGGAUGACAUAUUAAGGACCAUCUCAAAUUUCAAAGAAAUGGCCAAUGCGAUCGAUGCCAUAUACAUGGUCGAGGCCAGUUCCGAGCUCAGGGUCGCUCAGAAAAACCUCCUAUGUGGACAGGACAGACAGAUGACUGAGUCCAAGAGUGGCUACCACAGCACAUGCAGAUAUGCCGAUCUUCCAAUCGUAUGGACUGAGACUGUCAGAUCAAUCCCUCAAGGUUCGGACAAGGUACCAUUCAUUGUAGCGCACGAAUUCUUCGAUGCCCUACCCAUCCACGCCUUUCAACUUGUCAACGUUCCCCCCUCAGAGACGUCCACACCAUCUCCCUCUCCAUCAUCAUCGCCAGCAUCAGACAAAUCAAAACCAACGCUCCAAUGGCGCGAAAUGGUAGUCUCGCCCACGCCUCCAGGCUCGACACACCAAAGCCUUGGGACGCCCAAGUCACAAGCCACAGAUACUCCCGUGCCAGACUUCCAGCUCACCCUCUCGCCUUCCUCAACCCGUCACUCACAGUAUCUUCCCGAGUCAUCCCCACGCUACCGCGCCUUGAAAUCCAUCCCCGGGGCACUCAUCGAGAUCUGCCCGGACGUAUCAUUGUACGCCACAGACUUCGCGACACGCAUCGGCGGGUCCCCGCAGCACCCCAAGCACAGGCCGUCGGGUGCGGCAUUGAUCCUUGACUACGGCCCUGGCGACGGCACAGUGCCCAUCAACUCGCUGCGGGGGAUCAGCAGGCACCGGCGGGUGAGCCCGUUCGCCGAGCCGGGGCAGACGGACCUGAGCGCCGACGUAGACUUCGCAGCCGUGGCGGAAGCGGCGCUCAGGGCGAGCGAAGGCGUCGAGGUUCAUGGACCGGUCGAGCAGGCGGCUUUCCUCGAGGGGAUGGGCAUCAGGGAGCGCGCCGAGGUACUGGUGAAGGGACUCAGGCAGAAGGUCGAAGGCGAGACGAAGGCUGCUGAUGUCGAAAAGGCGUGGAAGAGGCUUGUGGAUCGGGGCCCCGACGGGAUGGGCAAGACAUAUAAGGCCCUGGCAAUUUUGCCUGAGAACGACGGCAAGAGGCGACCGGUCGGGUUUGGUGGCGAUGUUGGAGCUUGA